UCAGCUGUGAAGCAUAACUUAUUAUAUUUUUUAACUUACAAACGUGUCCCAGCGUUCGCUCUUUAUCUACAUUAAGUAUUAUACAGAACAAUUCUGUUUUAGUUACAAUCGGAAAUCUCGUGCGAUAUAUUGUUUAAAUAUUCUGUUUGUUUUUAAUUAACAAUCGUGUUUGUAUCAAAUCGCUCCCCAAUUAUUUCUUUGCGCACGACAUAAUCUGUAAUGUCCAUUUAUUGCUGCUGCAAGACAAUCAAACGUGUCGUGUAUCGUGUGACAAAGUGUCAAGAACAACAAAUACUCUUGAAAAGCCUGUAAAAAAUAUAUUUGCAAGCAACCACUUUGAAAUCAAGCUGCAAAUUGGCAACAACAACAACAAAACUUAAUAAAAAGCAUACAAAUUUACAAAGUUUGUCAAACAACCCUGCGUUCUACUUUUCAACGAAUGUUAUAUAUUUUGCUGGGAUUGCAAAAUACUGUUGAGAUAACCAAAACUAAUCAUCAGCUUUAUAUAGCACCACUGAUCCAAUAAAUAAGCGGCAAAUCAGUUAUUCAGAAUUGUUUGUCUGUGAAAAGGCGACAUAACGAGUUCCAUCAACGAAUCCACAGCGCCCGCAGAAACGACAGCAAAAUUUCGUUAACAUUGCGAAGAGACUUUACCAAAACGGAGUCCAUCAGAGGACCUAUGUCAGCACAAAAUUAUCUAUUGUUAUUAUUGAAAAUCAAUUCAAAUCAACAGUCAAGAACUCAGCAUAAUCUAGACGUGAUAAAUUCAUUCAUAACAUAACACGAGCACAGUUAAUUCGGAAGUUUCGCAAGAAAAUAAAAGAUAUUGUGAACGUACUAAUUAGCUGUUGCCCGUCUGCUUUUCGCCUGCCUUCCCAUCACAUACAAAGAGAGUGAGAAACCAAAUUUUGGUGCAAACGAGGAGAGUUAUCCUGAACAAGUUAUCCUUGAAAAAAGUUUAAAUUUUGCAAUCAUUCAAAACCGAAGGAAAAAGAAAAAAAUUAAUACAAUGAAUAUAAAUAUGUUAUUAAUAGCACAGGUUGUGCUUUUUGCUGCCUGCAUUCAAAGCAGAGCUAUCGAUAAUGUCGGCAACUCCAUUGAGAAUGGUGGUAAUGAAGGUGGUGGUGAAACGGAAACGCAUCCACAGCGUGGACCCUUCGAACAGGAUUGGAUUAAGUUUGCUAAGAAGCCACCAACAAAGCUGCUGCAAACUCUCGGCCAGUCAAUUGAGAUCGUCUGCGAAGUGAUGGGAUCACAAGUGCCCACUGUGCAAUGGGUUGUGGGAAAUAUGCCGUUGUCUGAGAUCGACAGUAUCGAAUCCAAUGUCAUAUCCGAAUCGCCAGCGACCGCUAUCGUUCGUGUUCGUUCUGUGCAUAUUAUCGAUCAUAUGUUGAGUGAGGCACGCACCUACACGUGUGUCGGUCGCACCGGUGGUAAGACCAUUUACAGCUCAACAAUUGUCUAUCCACAACCGGAUAUGAAAGAUUUGGUACAAGUGCGCGAUAAACCAUUCCCUGGCCCACAAAAACCUCGCAUCGUAUAUAACGAAAAAUUACAUCUGGAUUUGGUCGAUUCGAAUAUUUUAUUGCCAUGCAAAGUGCAUGCGCGCCCACGUGCUGAGGUCUUCUGGAUGAAUGGCGAGGGCAAGUUGAUUGAGCAAAAUCAUCGUUUCAAAGUUUUGCCUAACGGUGAUUUGCUGAUCUCCAAUAUCCAGUGGGAAGAUAUGGGCGCUUACAGGUGUAUAGCACGAAAUGCUUUGGGCAAGGAUACUGCGGACACUUUUGUCUACCCAGUACUUAAAGAGGACAAAUAAACCAACUGCGGAAAAAUUAAAAUAUCCCCCAUCCACCUUACGCUCGUAAACACACAUAGAAUACGCCCAUAUUAAUGUGCCACUAGGCAGAUGUACGUAUGUAUAUGAAUGCACACGAUCAUGAAAAAACGGUUCCUAAAGUGAAAUAUUAUACCAUUGUAUUGUACGUUUUAUUAUAGAUAGUUAAAAUGCCUGCAAAGGUGCUACCCCAUAUUGCGAAUGCAUAUUAAAAAAAAACAAAACAACACAGAAGUGAAAAAUUAAAAAAUUAAAACACAAAAAAAAAAAAAAACAAAAAAAAAUCUUAUAAAAUUUCCGAAACCAAAACAAAAAUAUAAAAUAUUACAAAAAAAGAAAAAAAAUUAAUUAAAUAUUAUUAAGUUUUAAAAGUCUUAAAAAAUUAAAACAAAUACAAAAAAAGAACAUACCAAAUCACGAUAGGCUAUUUUAUUAAAGUAAAAAAAGAAAAGUAUACACAAGUUGAAGAUACGCACAUACUGCAAUGCGUAAUUUUUUAAACAAACAAAAAUGCUAAUGAAAUGUAACCAGCUCAGUCUCUUUAUUAUUCAUACAAGUACAGAUGUACAUACAUAGAAAAAAAUAGUAUAGCGCUUAUUGUAAUAUAUAGCUACAUAUACAAACAAGUGAUCACAUCGAAUUAUUACAAGUCAACAUACAAUACACACAUACAUAGUUACCACGACUUGGGCCAAAACCGUAUAAAAUAGUUUUUCCUUUGUAAGUGUAAACUUUUUCACCUAAAUUAAAUUCAAAAUUUUAUUUUUUUAGAAACACAUACUGGCUUUUGAAUUACGUAUAUUUACAUUUGUUUGCAAUUAUUCAAGCCAUUCAAGGUAUUCUCCAGUGGUAGUGCACAAGCAAAAACAAUAGCAAAAUUUUGGUUUAAUCAUUUUAAUGUUAUUUUUUUUCAGUCAGAAUUUGGCUCGUCUCGAAUGCAUUCGCAGCAAACAUACAUACAUACAUAUGUAUAUAACAGUCAUACCAAAUUCAUUCCAAUUAUUCAUAUUUAUUUUAUAAUUUUUUCUUAAAACUAGUUUUAUAGUUUAUAGUUUGUGUUAGUCAUUAGUUUAUUAAUUUAAUAAGAUCAGUCACUUAUGUGUGUGUUUACCUUAGUUUUAUGAAAAAACAGAAGAAAUUUGGCAGUAGUACUUAAUUUUCACUUAAUUAAAAAAAAAAAAAAAAAAAAAA